AGGUAGAGUCUGAAAAUGUGCUCGUCCAAAACACACAAAACUGCUGUAUUCCUGUGUGUUCAUCUGUUUGUUGAACAUCUUCUGCAUUCUCAAGCCUCUGUCCUGGACUCUACACCUAGACGAUCUGUAAAUUAUAAAGAUGCAAAGUUGAAAACUUUCACCGAAAAAGGACUGUCCAAUGUUUCAUCACUGCUGCUCAGUGAGGAGCACAAGCUGCUGAUUGUUGGUGCCAGAGAUGCUAUCUUUGCACUCAACAUUGAGGAUAUUUCAAAGACUAUUUCACAAGAAGCAUGGCCAGCCCCUGAAGCGAAUAGCAGCGAGUGUGAGAAGAAAGGGAAAUCUCGAAACGAAGACUGCCGUAACUACAUUGUUGGCAUCCACAGGGUAACUGAAAACAAUUUGUACGUUUGUGGGACACAUGCGUUUCAUCCAAUGUGCGAUUACAUGACUGUUGACAAUGGUAAAAUCCAACUGAAGAGGCAACCGAAAUUCAGCAAGGGAAAGGCACCGUAUGACCCGAAGUACACUUACACCUCCAUCGUGGUCGACGGAGAGCUUUAUUCGGCAACAGAAAACAAUUUCCUUGGCUCUCAGCCGAUUUUCCAACGCAGCCUUAAGGACAGUAGCCUGAGAACAGAGAACAUUGGUUGCUGGCUGAAAAAUCCCAAUUUUGUUUAUGUGGACGUGGUGCGGGAGAGUGAAGACAGCCCCGAGGGUGACGAAGAUAAGAUUUACCUUUUUUUCAGUGAGGUGGCCAUUGAGUAUAAUUUCAAAUCUGAAGUACUGAUCUCAAGAGUUGCCCGAGUGUGUAAGGGGGAUAAGGGUGGCCAACGGAUUUUGCAGAGGAAGUGGAGCUCCUUUGUGAAGGCUGGACUUGAGUGCAAUUUUCCUAAGUCAAACUAUCCAUUUAAUGUCAUUCAGGAUGUUUUUUUAUUGAGGGCACCCAAAUGGAGAGAUAAUAUUUUCUACGCCACCUUCACAUCACAGUGGAGCCUGCAGAACAACUCCGCAGUCUGUACUUUCACUAUGGCGGCGAUUCAAAAAGUAUUUAACGAAGGAAACUUCAAAACAUUUGAUAUAAUUCAUCACAAGAUGAUGGAGUCCAUAAAACCAAAUCCUGUGCCCCGUCCUGGAACUUGUAUCAAUAAUAAUCUGACUAAGAGCGGCUAUAAGACCUCUCUGGAUCUGCCGGAUCAAACCCUUCUGUUUCUACAAACGCAUCCCUUGUUGAAUGAUGUGGUGAUGCCUAAAGACAACCAGCCGGUGUUAGUAAAACAAGCCACUAUUUACACCCAGAUAGUUGUGCAUAGAGUGACUGCCACCGACCAGAAGCAAUACAACGUCAUUUUCUUGGGAACAGACAAAGGAUACUUGCAUAAGGCACUGAGUAUAACUGGGAAGAUGUUCAUUGUUGAAGAGGUACAGAUCUUUCCUUCUGAGGAACCUGUGAAAAAUCUGCAGAUUUCACCAACCAGGGGUCAGUUGUACAUCAGCUCCCCAUCUCAGGUGGUACAAGUGCCUGUAGCUGUCUGCAGUCAGCACAAGACCUGCUGGGACUGUGUGUUGGCAAGGGAUCCUUACUGUGCCUGGGAUACAAUGUCAAGACAAUGCCUCAACAUUGCAAGCAAAGACAGCAAAGGAUGGAUCCAGAACGUGGAGAACGGAGACGCUUCGGAAUGCCCCAGUCCAAGAAGGGCUUCGCUACAAUAUCAAGUGAUUAUUCUGAAACAUAGCGAUUUUUUGAAAUGCCAUUCGACAUCUAACCUCGCUCAGAAGGAGUGGCUCCUCAAUGGAGAGAAGCUUCCAACAGAUAAUUCAAAGUACAUCCAUAUCAAGGAUGGAUUAUUAAUACUUAACCUCUCUAGAAAUGACAAGGGUCAGUAUGACUGCCAGGCUGUUGAAAUGACUAAUGGGAAAAAAUUCACUCACAUCCUGGCAAGUUAUUCCCUGUUGCUCCGUGAAUCUAGAUCAGUUCAUCUCUCUCGUCCUGCCAUGUUUGAGCAACCGAAUUGGGCUCCGAAUCAUAAAUCUGGAGUUCUCUCCACCGCAAAGCGUGACAUUUCUACCUUUGGUGCCCGGCAGCCUAAUCUUUUGGUGACACAAAGAGACCUGCGGGCUAACGUUACAGUUCAGAGUUUCCUGGUUCUGUUUGUCAUCAUGUUUGGGCUUCUCCUGACGUGGAACAUUUGGAAAGGCCAUGUGCCUUUUCAGUGGAUGAAGUGCAUCCCUUCGAGCCAUGUCAGCAUCAAGCAGUCGCCAGCCAGCCUCCUCAAGAGCUCCGUGCAAAAGCUAGGAACAAAGAUGCCACUGCAGAGGAAGCUGGUGACACCGGGAAACCAGCAACAGCCGAGGAACAACCUACAGCUUAUGACCAUCGCGAGCGAGAACUCAUUCAGGGGCAACUGCACCAGUAGCACCACCCUGGUAGACACAGCAAACUCCAGCUGUUCUAGGCCACUUUUUAUUCUAGACGACCAGGAAUACUUUGACGCAGAGGAGCCUGAAUCAAACGUGUAGGCUUUGAGUGAAGCAUACCAUUGCUUGAGGAUGAAUAGUAUGUACAUGAGUCCUCCAGUGAUCUCAUAUUCUUCCCACCUCUGCAUUUGUAUUUUUAAGGCUUUUAACUUUAGCAUUUGUUGAAAUUUUACCAAAUAUUUUCUCCACCUUCCCCCCCCCCCCCC